AAUAAAAUCAUACUUCUGACAUCGGAAAUGUCUGAUAUAUAAACAGAUAAUGGUAGAUACACAGAUAGAGACCUCUAAAUUAUUUCCGGUCAUUUUAAUUUCAUGUUUGCCAGUUAGCUUCGCUACUGCAGUUUGAACGUUAGCCACAUUAAUGCUAAUUUUAGCCUUAACGUUAGAUGUGACAAUAAAUAGCUUCAACAUGGAUUCGCUGUUUUAGAAAGAACCACAGAGGUAAAAAUGGCAGAGUUAACGACACUUGAGAGCCUGCUAGAGAUGGGCUUUGGCAGAAACAGAGUGGAGAGGGCAGUGGCCAACACAGGCAAUCAGGGGAUAGAGCGAGCCAUGGACUGGUUAAUGGAGCAUGAAGAUGAUCCUGACAUUGACGAGCCCUAUGUUCAGCCUGUGGGAAACAUCUUGGGAGAGGAAACAACAAAUCAGUCCAGCACAGAACCAUCAUCAUUAGUCGACACCACUGAAGCUGGAGACGGCAGUUUUACAGAGAACAGUGAUGGUGAAAAGAUGCAAAUGACAGAGGAGGAGAAACGUGAACAAGUCAAAAGGCUAGAAGAGCUGAUGCGAUCGAAGCAGGCAGAGAGGAGAGAGCGGGAACGGGCAGAGGAGGUGGAUCGUGAAAAGCAGAGAAGGAAGCAUGGCCAAGAACUGCAGCAGGUUCGACAAAAACUGCAGGACGAUGAGAUGAAGAAGCUCGCUGAUCAGCGUAGAAAGGAGAAAAUGGAGGAUAAAUUAGCAAGGCAAAGGGUUAAAGACAAAAUUGCACGAGACAGAGAGGAGAGAGCACAAAAGUUUGGAGGUGGAGCUCCAGCAGUGCCAGGGCCUGCACAGCCCACCCCGACUUCUCCAACCAGUCAGGGUCCUCCACCCUCUAAGAAGGAGUAUGAAGAGUCUAAGAUACAGAUUCGUCUGCUUGAUGGCUCGACCAUCACAACAUCCUUUAAGGCCCAGGAGCCUCUGGCAGCGGUUCGUGUUUAUGUGCAGAUGAACGGCAACACACCAGAGGGACAGGAUUUCAUGCUGCUGUCACCUUACCCCCGUCAAGUCUACACAGAACUGGACAUGGAGAAGCCUCUGAAAGAGCUGAAUUUGGUGCCUUCAGCUGUGCUGUUUGUAGCCAAGAAGUGAAAUCCAGAGGAUCUGCUCCCUGAGCCUACCUCACGACUUCCACUACAUCACCAGAAACACCAGGGAAAAGAACAGAAACUGACAUAUUUUUGAAAUCAGUAAGCCAGUACUCUGAGCUGUGUAUGAUAAGAAAAAAAAAUGCUAAAGGCAUCCCUUUGUCACUAAGUUUCUCUAAGUGUGGCCUGGUGUGGACAGUGAUGACCAUUUGGAACAAAGUGAGGACAUUUUUUUUACAAAAACCAAUAAAAAAGUUCCCUUUUUGGCCCAUUCCUGCAAAGUAACAAAGAUCUUUGGGAGGGCUUGAAUUGAUUCUGAUGCAUCUUCCUGAUUGUGCAACAUUCUUGACAGUUUUUUUUAUAAUUUAAAAUAUGGAACAGUUAUGUCUAUAUAUAAUUGCCAAGAAUAUACUUCAAAUAAACCUGACUUGGAGAGUUUGAAAAA